CUGGGAGUAAGUACGACCGCUUGCGGUUUAUCGUCUCGCGUUUUUUACGUCCCAGGGCGGGAUUGAUUGCUUUUUCGAAAAAGUCACAGCCAGAAAAAACAAAAAAGUCACUUUUUUACCAGCUAGGGACAGUGUUUUAAAUAAGUUUUUAGCAAGCCAGACGCUGGAAGAAAAUCCCAGCCAGUAAAUAAUCUAAUGCUAAUAUUUCCCAGCCAGCGUAAUUGCAGCCUGUCGAGCGGGUUUUCUGUCGAGCGGCUCCGUCGGGUACUCCUGAAUAUAGACAAUAAACAUGCAAAACAGGUCAGUUUUUGAAAACAAAACACAACAGGACUCAAAGUCAUUAGUGAUCCGCUGAGCAAAGCAAAAGUUAAAUUAUCUUAUCCGCAGGUAAUGCAGACAAUCAGUCUUAAGAAAAUCAAGUUUUACCCCAAGAAAGCUCAUACAAUUUCAAUUCACCACAUGCUCAGCUGAUCAAGGGGGCGAACUUCCGAAGUAAGCGAAGAGAAUAUUUGACUGUUGGUUUAGCAUGACUACAGCUUUUGUAAUUUUCUGGUGUGGGAUCACACUGAACACUGCCUUUGAAGUUAAAAUCCAGCCGCCAACUUCAGGAUCACUGUCAACCACAGGAUCUUCAGCAUCCGGGACAAUGUCAACCACAGGAUCACCAACUUCCGAGACAACGUCAACCACAGGAUCAUCAACCUUCGGCACAAUGUCAAACACAGGAUCACCAACUUUCGGGACAAUGUCAACCACAGGAUCGCCAUCAUCCGCCACAAUGUCAACCACACGAUCACCAACCUCCGGCAUAAUGUCAAACACAGCAUCACCAGCCUCCGGCACAAUGUCAACCACAGGAUCGCCAACAUACGGCACAAUGUCAACCACAGGAUCGCCAACAUACGGCACAAUGUCAACCACAGGUUCACCAACUUCCGGGCCAAUGUCAAACACAGGAUCGUCGACAUCCGGGACAAUGUCAAACACAGGAUCGUCAACAUCCGGGACAACCAUCGAAUUGUCAAAGCGAAGAUCGUCGACACCAGGUGCUCGGUCAAACACAUCUUCACAAAAUUUAAUGGCAAAUUUCCCAAAAAUGGCAACUGUCGAAGCUCGAAAAGAAGAUGAACAGAAAGAUUCCCUGCCUCGUUGGGCGAUACCGACGACUGUCGCUGUUUCAGUGGCUUCCUUGAUCACGAUAAUUGCCGCGAUUGUCAUAAAACAACUCCUACGUGCCAAGAAGAGGAACAGGGAAGCUGGAAAAGCGCCAUCCAACACUGGAGAGAAAAACAUGGGAUAUUCAAUUGCUUAAUUGGCCACUGACUCACUCGAGUUGGAAAAAAAUUUAUCGAUUACUAUCGUUUGACACAAAUUGUUAACAACCGAUAAUUCCCGUCUUCAGAAAUAUCGAUUGUUAUCGAUUUUUGCUGUUGAGAUCGAGCCUUACGUUUGUUUUCUAACGCAAAUAAUUGAAAUCACUAGAACACUGACUGUAACUGCCUAUUUUGUUUCAUCUAAAUGCCGAUCCUACAAUGUGGCCUGACGUUCUUCUGCUGUCGUAAACCAGCGAGGAAAGAUGCAAAUCCCAAAAAGUUUCUGUUAGUUGUUUCUGUUCUUAUUAUUUUGAUGAUGAUUGUAAAAGAUACGCAGGCUAUGGAGAUUAAAUGAAUCCAUAAAACCAUUGCAGACAAAUUUUUUUAAUGAUUUUAUCAGUGUAACUUGAAAAGGUUAUCAAUAAUAUGUAGAUUUAGUCAACCCUAAAAGUGGAAUUCCCGGGGUGGGGUUGUUCAAAGCUGGAUUAAGGUCAUUCCACUGAAAUAGAAUCUGCAC